AUGCUAGGGAGAUUACACGAGACCACCUCGGUCGUUGGACAGCAUUCUACUGCUCCGGUCCAUUGGACACGCUUAGUAUAUAAGCGUGUUUCUUCUGGACUUCUCCCUUCUGUAGUUCAAUCAGAAGUCCCGUGGACAGGAUUCGACGGAACUUGGUUGGAGCUAGCAUCUAAGCAAGCACUCCUUGUGGCAGUCGGACGGGAUGGUAAUAACAAGACAAUCCCUCACCACUAGACGACUUGCCACUUGAAACGUCGCCGUAUUGGUUCGACGACGACGUUUAUAACCAGUCGCAAAGAGAGAACGGAGAUUUGGUUUUGGAUAUGGUAUAG